GAAGCGACCAACUUCGAACCCAUUCCCGAACUUAAGUCUCCCGAAGCCGAUCUGACCAUCAUCGGCCUGUUGAACAAAAUGGGCUACCGUAACCCUAUUCGGGAUCCUUGGUUCAACGCGCAAAACUGUACGACGAACAACACCUUCACAGUCAGCCCAGAAAUUUGUACAGCCACAAAUGCCAUAACUUUUCUCGGCUGCACAGAGCGUUACCAGUUCUGCGCCUCUGACGGAACCAACUGUUCUCCCUUUACAGGUCUCUAUGGAAUCAACCCUGUGCCAGAGCAGUCCCCCGACCUAAACCCAACACAAAAGGCCCUCUUUCAGCUUAUUUGGAAGAUCGCGUGGUUCGCACAGCUCAACUUUCAACUUGCUUUCGUCGGUCGCGAAAAUCUCAUUGCCAACGAAUACCUAUGGGAUGACAGCUUCAGUUUCCGCAUCUCGGCAUCGCUUCCAGACGACCACUGGCAAAGAGAGACCGCCAACUGGAUGAACACAAGCCUGGCACUGAUGCAGCGUGCCGCCUUCGGGUUUGCGCGCCCACCUGCCUUCGACGUGGGCCCUGACAUAUCGGUUCUGAAGCACGUCGUGGAGCCAGAUGACCCUGCGAUGCAGGCUCUCUGCCACAAAGUCAAGUUCAGAUCAAAAGCCCACACUUCGUUCAGGGUUGCUGGCUUGUUCGGCCUGCUCGCGGCCGGCCUCGCCAUCAUCGUACUGAGCGUAGCGCUUCCGAAAGUGGUCGCUUACAUACAGAAACGCAGUGGGCGCGGCUUGCACAAGAAACUGGAGUGGAUUGAAAGCAGCGCAUUCCAAUUGCAGAGGAUGGCGGCUGAGGGACGAGGCGUCGGGCCCUGGGAUGGCAGAGAGGACGACGUACCUACGUUGGCGGAGUACGGGCAUUUGUUC